CGAGCGGCCAAAUGAAAGAGAGUUAUCAGCGGCAUUUGGAGAGGGGAGCGCAGCCACAGGGGAGGUUUUUUUAAACUUUCCUCUCCAUGCUUCUCGGAUCGUAACCGCGUGAGGACUUUAUCAACAUGCACCCCCCUUUAGUACCUCUUCUACUGGCCUACCUGCUCUACACGAACCUGGCCAGCGACCUUAGCCACAGCGACGACGAUGAUUACUACGAGCCGGACUCUCCCCCAAAGCCAGAUAUGGAGGAGAAGUUGCGUUCAGCUUCUAAUGUGGAUGAACUGAUGAGUCUUAUUUAUCCAUCAUACUGGGCCGCUCUGAAGUGCAGAUCCAAACUAUCUGCUGCCCCUCCCGCCUUCAAGCUCCAACCUCGCCUACUGAGGCCGCUGGCCGAUACAGAAGAGCCAAUAUUUGCUGCUGCGUACCUCAACUUGGAUGUCCUGAAAAGUAUAGAGUCGGAGUGGAGGAAGACUCAGUGCAUGCGGGAAGUGUGUGUCGACGUGGGCAGGGAGUUCGGGGCUGCCACCAACAUCUUCUAUAAACCACCCUGUGUGUCCGUCUACAGAUGUGGGGGAUGCUGCCACUCUGAAGACAAACAAUGCAGGAAUAUCUCCACUGGUUACCUCAGCAAAACACUGUUUGAGAUCACAGUGCCGAUCACCCAAGGCACCAAGCCGGUGACCAUCAGUGUGGCCAACCACACGCAGUGCAGCUGCCUGUCCAAACUGGACGUCUACAAACAAGUUCACAGCAUUAUCAGGAGAUCCCUGCCGGAGUGUCCAAUCGCCAACAGAACGUGUCCUCCUGGUCAGUCAUGGAGCAGCAGGCAGUGUUGGUGUGUCGGCCUCAGCACCAAUGUACACCGCAACCCCCCUCCUCCACCACUGCCUCCUCCCAGGCCCUCCAAACAGCACCUCGACGUGUUCUCAGCGGACGUUUGUGGCUUGGAUAAGGAACUGGACCUGGAGACCUGUCAGUGUGCGUGUCGCCGCGGGGAUCGAACUCAAGACUGCGGCCCGAACCGACACCUCGACCGUAAUACCUGCCAGUGCGUCUGCAACCUUCCGCCUGCUCCCUUCUGCCCUCAGAACCAUGUCUUCAACAAGGACACUUGCCAGUGCACAUGUAGCAAGACGUGUCCGCGGCACCAGCCCCUCAAUAAAACUAGGUGUUCCUGCGAGUGUAAUGAGUCGCCCAACAAGUGCUUCCUAAAGGGAAGGAGGUUUCACCAAGCCACAUGCAGUUGUCUCAGGCCUCACUGUGAGGUAAGGAGGCGGAGGUGUGAACCAGGUCUCUCCUUCAGCGAGGAAGUGUGUCGCUGCGUGCCGUCCCACUGGAGACGACUGGACUAAUCGCAGGCUGACAACAUGCCAACGACACGCUAACGAGCAGAUAACAGACUUAACAAGUAGAGUUUAUCAGCCAUCCUGCUGCUGGUCAUGAGUAUCCUGUCAGCUAAGUGUCCUAAGUGUGCAAACCCUGGUGAACGUGGGGGAACCUUUAGUGACUGGAGUGCAGAUAUGGAGAGCUCUGGGGGAAGUGGGAAAUGCACUGACUCAGCUUGAGGGACAUUUGAUGGGAGAGCGGCUGAUCGGAGCCCAGAGAAGGAUGAAAGGAAGGA